GGCAGCUUGCUUCUCUAAUGCCAAGUUCAACAGCCAUGGCUUCGGAAAAUCAGGCAUAUUCCCUCGACACCGAGAUUGCCAUAUUUUUCUCAAAGACAUCCGUCCGCCGUGAGAUGUGCGAUGAGUUAGCCAAGGACCUCGUCGGCGGCGACCAAGUCGUCCCAGUCGCGGUGCGGGGCUGCUGCUCGUACACUGUCUAUGCCGGGCAGGACCUUGGCCAUGUCAUUCAAUUUCGCCUCAAAUCUCUCGGGCUGAACAUGGAGACUGCCGCUCGGGCACGACGCAUCUAUGGCGAGUUCGCACCUGACGUUGCCUUCAAGCACCAGCUUGGCCAAGACUCGACUACAGCUGGACAAGAGCCUCUCCUUAUCUACGUCAUGACGCGCAUACGGGGAAUCAGUCAUCUGGACUUUAUACUCGCGCAUGGCUUCCCAGAAAACUCGCCGGAGAAUAUCGUUCGUCGCAAACAUUUGAUUCAGGGUGUCGCGAGAUUCUUUGCUCUUGCGUGGAAGGCGCCACAGGCCAUUGAUCAAGCCGACCAUGACCGCAUGGCUGAGACAUUCGUGAGGGAUCUGGAAGCCUUACUUCUCAGCCUUCCCGACCGCUUUCAUACGACAAUCCGCGCCACGCUAGUGUCCCUGCCUAGCAUCCUGUCUCUUCCUAUGGUCCUCCUACAGAAGGACUUUGGCGACUGCAACAUCAUAGUGGAGGAAGAGUCUUGCUGUCCGGCCGGCGUCAUCGACUGGGAUGAGGCCGAGAUCGGUCCAUUUGGCACAAACUUGCAUUCUCUGCAAGGCCUGAUGAGCAAGUUGCACCUGAGGAAUGGGUGGAUCAGGUACAACGAUUACCCGGACCUGGCGCGCUCAUUUUGGCGGACCUUUAUCGCCGAACUUGGGGGACUGAGCGAAGAUACGGUUAAGGCUAUCGAGGCGGCGCGGUUUCUGGGUUUGCUACGAUCUCGGGGCUUCACUAGUAGGCUUGCGAAUCAACCUGAGCCUGUACCGAUCAAAGAUGAUGAUAGCGGGAGAUACAACAUGAUGAUACUUGACGGGCUGCUUUUAAACCCAAAUACCCGCAUUGAGGAGCUGAAUGAAUGGUUCGCCUAG